AUGAGAGAGAAAAACACAAAAAUGUGGGCAUUGAGAUAUUUAUCUGCGGUCAUUCUCAUCCUCACACCAUUUCCAAUUGUUAAUGGCGGUGAUUGUGGAGCCAAAUUCCAAAAUAAAUGUUCCUGUGGCCUAGGCGAAUAUAUUGAUCGUAUGCAAUAUAUUGUAAAUUGCACAAAUACGGGCUUUCGGGAUACAACAAUGCUUCAAGCAUUACCAAAACAGACAGAGGUGCUAAUAUGGACAGGAAAUUAUGUUCCCGAAUUGCCAUGGAAUGUUUUUGGCGCCAUAAAUAACUUAGAUAAUUUGACAAUUAUAGACAUGAGCAAUAAUCAUAUACGUGAGAUUCGUGGAAAAAGUUAUCAUCACGUCUCGAAUGUUAAGCGUCUCAUACUCAAUCAUAAUAAUUUGAGUAUCUCGAGAGACGAUGACGAGUUCAAUCAUCAUCAUCCGAGGGUGUUUUCAAACUUUAUAAAUCUCAUGGAACUGCAUCUAACGAAUGCAUUCUCCGACAAUUCAACCGAGGAACUUUCCGAGGACUUACAUGACAUAUUCGUAAAUAGUAAUUUAACAAAAUUAACGAAACUUCAUCUCGAGCAGAAUGAGAUCAAAAAGUUUAAGGACAAGCGUGUGUUUUGUGAUCUACCGAGUAUAAGGGACCUUCAUCUAGGCGAUAAUCUACUUGAGGAGAUAAAUUUUGACAUCCUUUGUCUAAGUCACAUGAGAUUUCUCGAUCUCGAACGUAAUAAAUUCACACAAAUGCGAAAGGCUGAUUUGUACAUGCUCGACAUGUUAGGCAAUAUUCCUAAGCGUGAUACGGACUUAAUUGUCGAUCUAACAUAUAAUCAACUCGCAUGCGAUUGUACAGUAAACAACAUACAGGAAUGGCUGACAAAAACAAAAGUCAAGAUACGUAAUCUCGAUAAUUUAUUUUGCUAUAAGCAGGGUCACAAAUAUCAGCCAUUAUUAUCAGUCAAGUACAAUAAAUGUCAUGUACAAAGUCGAGAUACGACUAUAGCUAAAGGUCACACAAUAGCCCUCGUCUUUCUAUCUGUAGUUAUUUUAACAAUUUUGCUAACGUUAGUUAUUACGGCCAUCUAUAUAAAUCGUAACCGUAUUAAGAAGAUUGUGAAUCCCGUGAUGACAAAUGUCUCGAGGAAGGUCCACUACACAACAAUAAAGGACGAUGAUGCGCCGGAGCAGUACGUUUGAGUUUGUUGUUCUCUCCACAAUUAUUUCUCUUUUUUUUUAAAUUUUAAUUCCCC